UACAAUUUCGUCCACGAUUCGACUGUAUUUUAGGGUUUGCAGAGGUUAAAUUUGGUGGGUUUAGUUUUUGCUUCGUUGUGUCGUCGUCGGAAUCUGAAAGUGAACAUGGGAAUAUUGGGAUGGUCAACGAUGCUUGAACUGACAGUGACUGUAGCUGUAAUUUGUGGAUUAGGUUUAAUAGUUGCCAUUGUUAUUGAAACAUUUCGAAGAAGAUUGAACCACAAUCAUCUCGAAGCUCACCCGAUCUUCGAAGAUCCAAAUUCUUUGAAACAGGUUGAAUGUCCUUAUAUAUAUGAUCCUGCAGAAAAAUAUAUCUCAUUGAUCAUUCCUGCAUACAAUGAAGAACUUAGACUGCCUGCAGCUCUUGAUGAGACAAUGAACUAUCUUCAAGAACGUGCAGGGAAGGACAACUCAUUUUCAUAUGAGGUGAUAGUAGUUGAUGAUGGAAGUUCAGAUGGGACAAAAAGAGUAGCCUUUGACUUUGUGAGGAAGUAUAAAGUAGACAAUGUCAGGGUUGUUCUUCUUGGAAAGAAUCAAGGCAAAGGAGAAGCUAUAAGAAAAGGAAUGCUUCAUUCACGGGGCAAAUUACUUCUGAUGCUAGAUGCUGACGGGGCAACCAAAGUUGAUGACAUGGAAAAGCUUGAAAAGCAGAUCCUUGCAGUUGCUAAAAUGAAACCGGAUGAAGAUGUUGCAGAUAUCCCCAUUGUGGCAUUCGGAUCUCGUGCUCAUUUGGAGAAAAAAGCUUUAGCUACAAGGAAAUGGUACCGAAACUUUUUGAUGAAAGGGUUCCAUGUUGUGGUGCUUCUGGCUGCUGGCCCUGGAGUCCGUGAUACACAGUGUGGGUUUAAGAUGUUUACUAGAGCAGCUGCAAGGAAGCUUUUCACUAACAUCCGUUUAAAGAGGUGGUGUUUUGAUGUGGAGUUAGUUUAUUUAAGCAAAUACUUUGGGAUUCCGAUAAUAGAGAUAUCAGUAACGUGGUCUGAAAUCCCGGGAUCGAAGGUGAGCCCAUUAAGCAUUGUGAACAUGGUGUGGGAAAUGGGUCUGAUGUCUGUGGGAUAUAGAGCUGGUAUUUGGAAAAUACACAAGACUCGAGAAUCUUAGUUGUAAAAUCCCCAAAUUGCCCUUGGUAUACAACAAACUAUCAAAAUGUAAGUUAGGUUAACCACAAACAACAGUUUCUAUCUGAUUAUUCUUUUUGAUUUUGCGGGAUUCUUUAUUUGCUAGGAAAACUGUAUACUGGUUAUGACUUGUGAGUGACAAUUAUACGGAUUGUUUAGCUUGUGGGUUUGAGUUUGAAGAAAGUGUGUGAUCUUUUGUUUUUA